CUAAGCUUCAUAUCUAUCAAUUGAGAACUAACACCUGCAUUGAUAAUGCUUGAUUAUAUAAAUAUAAUACACACAUUUCUAUUGCGACAACUUUUAGAUUUUUAUAACGUUUUACACCAUAGGAGAGAGAAAAUAUCUUCAAGAUGUUGCUCUCUUUAAUUAUCUGUUUAUCUGCUGUAAUGGCAAUUCAAGCAAUUGAUAUUCCAAACAACGCUCGUGUCUGGUGCUACUAUACCAACUGGUCUCAAUACCGACCCACUGGAAUGAAAUAUACAGUUAAGAAUAUGGAUGCCUCUUUGUGCACACAUAUAGCGUUUGGUUUUGCUAUUUUGAAAGAUAACAAAAUAAUUCAUUAUGAAUAUAAUGAUAUCAACGGAACCUGGACAAGAGGAAUGUAUUGGGAAUUCAACCAAUUGAAAAAAACCUACCCCCGUAUAAAGUCAUUUUUAUCUGUGGGCGGUUGGAAUUUCGGUUCCGUAAAAUUUAGUAACAUGGCAAGCACCCCUGCAUCAAGAAAAACUUUUGUCGAUUCUGCUGUAGAUUUCUUAAAGAAAUGGGAAUUUGAUGGCUUAGAUGUAGAUUGGGAAUAUCCUGCUCUAAGACAGGGCUCGAAAAAGGAUAUCGAAUAUUAUACUCUUUUGCUGAAAGAGCUCCAUGAGAAAUUCAGUCAACAGACGCCGAGGUUGCUGUUGAGUUUUGCUGGACCAGCACCGAUUGAGAAGAUUGAAGUUGGGUUUGAAGUAGAAAAGAUUAGUCCUUAUGUGGAUUUCAUCAACAUCAUGACCUAUGACUUCCAUGGCUCCUGGGAAACCACCACUGGUCACUCGAGUCCUCUUUUCCCUCUUUCAACUGACAAAGGAGAUUUUAUAAAUUGGAAUAUGGCCUAUUCUGUGGCUAAUUGGAUUCACUUAGGAGCUCCAAUAGAGAAAAUCAAUGUGGGUAUUCCAUUUUAUGGCCGGUCUUUCACUUUAGCAGACCCAGCAGACAGCUCCCUUGGAGCACCAGCACCGCACGCAGGUAAAAAUGGAACCAUCACCAGAAUUGCAGGAUUUCUAUCAUACUUUGAGACCUGCAAGAUGUUACAGAAAGGAGCUAAACGUCACUACAUCGAUGAACAGAAGGUCCCAUAUUUAGUGCUGGGGGAUCAAUGGGUUGGAUAUGAAGACGUGGAAAGUGUCAGAGAAAAGGUUCACUACCUGAGAGUGCAUGGUAUCAAUGGAAUGAUGAUUUGGGCAAUUGAUCUUGAUGACUAUAAAAAUUACUGCAAUAAAGGCUCAUAUCCCAUGAUGCAUUCAGUCAUAAAAGCUUUACAAGACACUGAAAAUUUACGUUCUGAAGACAAAGUUGGAACGAUUAAAGACAACAAAUUUUGCUUCAGAAAGAAAGCUGGUUUCUAUGCAGAUCCCAGUAACUGUCGAAAUUAUAUUUACUGUGGUUCAGUAAUGGAGAAAUAUACAGGGCAUUGCAACAAGGGUCAUCGGUGGAAUGAUGCCAAUAAGUCAUGCGAAGUUGAUCAGGGCAAUACUUGCACCCAAAACUGA